CGUAAAAGCACAAGAAGCGUAUUGUUGAAAGCAAACCCCUGAACGUGUCAUGGUUUGCAUUCUCGUAGCGCUGGUCCUUGUGGCCAGCGGUGUCUACAGCGUUGCUGCACUGUCCACCAUCCAACACAGUCCAGCGUUCAAUUUCCCUCAGGAUGGUGCUUCCCCAGCAAAUGACCUCACACGACAGGCCACUAAUGUGAGUAAUGGCAUUACCAGCGGUGUCCUUACCGGUGUCGUACCGUUGCCAACAGGUAUUCUACCGAACAUUGUUAACAACGCCGUACCUACAGGACAGACGUGCAUUUGUGUACCAACGGGCCGGUGUAAUACAACCGUCAUCGGUGGUACAUCGGAUGGUGCUGGCCAGUUAGAUGUCAGGAUUGUUUCCAACCCAAGUGCCAACACAGGGGUUACGAUUGGCGCAACAACCACAACAAUUACCGCAAAUAACAUCGCGUCUGUCAUUGCGGUUAAUAUCGUCUCACCGGCCAGCUGCCAGUCGGGGCUGGAGCGUUGCUGUCUGGCGGGCAGUUACCAGUGCGGUUUGCAGUAUCCGCCAGUUGCAAAUUCCCCGGCCGUUUCUGCCAACCAGGCUAGCUACGGGGAAUAUCCUUGGCAGGUGGUACUGCUUGGACCGGGAGACGUUUACGUUGGUUCCGGUGUGCUCAUUGAUAAUCUGCACGUUUUGACAGCGGCUCACAAAAUUUCGGACUACACUUCCGGCGGCCGAACGCUGAAGGUGCGUCUUGGCGAAUGGGAUGCAGCAACCACGUCCGAACCGUUACCCGUCCAGGAGUUCAACGUAGCCCGGUACUUUGUACAUCCGAGCUUCAAUUCGGCCAACCUUCGCAACGACAUUGCCAUUCUACGGCUGUCCGGGACAGUAGCGCUCGGCACUACGCCAACAAUUGCAACCGCCUGUCUGCCCGUUACGUCGUUCGUGGGUAGCCGGUGCUGGGUAUCCGGUUGGGGUAAAAAUGAUUUCGUCAGUGGCGCUUUUCAAUCGAUCCAGAAAGAGGUGGACGUACCGAUCGUAAGCUCGGAUAGCUGUCAAACGGCACUACGCACUACGCGUCUCGGUGGCAAUUUUGUGCUCGAUGCGACCAGCUUCAUCUGUGCCGGUGGUGAGCUGGGCAAGGAUGCGUGCACCGGAGACGGUGGAUCGCCGUUGGUGUGUGCGCUCAACGGACGCUGGUAUGUGGUGGGUUUGGUGGCGUGGGGUAUCGGUUGUGGUGCGAAUGGCAUACCGGGCGUGUACGUUAACGUAGCGUCCUACAUCACAUGGAUCACGAGCACGAUCGCGACCGUUUAA